AUGGCCUCCGCGGGCAUCGCGCUCGCGGAGAACGCGCGCGGCGCGCGGGGUGGACUGACGGGACGAGACUCUAAAACGGGACAAUUCUUUCUGCUGCUCGAACCGCCUGGCGCCGAGCGAGCGAUUUGGCCAAACGAACGGCGAGAUCUUCGCCGCGCGCGAGAGGUCACUCGUUCGCGCGCCUCGCACGCGCGUCGUCCACGCCCGGACGCGCUCGAGGGACGCGCCGUCGUCGUUCGACUCUCGAUCGCGCGGAGGACGCGCGAUCGAUCGCGGCGGGAUUCAGACGUCGUCGACGCGAAGACGAGACGAGGCGCGCGCGACCGCGGAGGGAGGGAAGAUUUUAGGGUAACCACAGCAGCGGAAGGACGAAGACGGGCGGGGCGCGAUGCUCGGUGGCGCGGCGCGACGGAUCGCGGCGCACGCGGCGCGGCGUCUGACGUCCACCGCGUCCGCGCCGCGCGCGACGACGCCGUGCGCGACGCUCCUCGACGCGACGCGCUUUCGAACCCACCGCGCGGCGACGCGAUGGACGGCCGCGCGCGCGUUCGCGUCGUCCCCGACGACGGCGUCCGCGAUCGCCGACUUGCGACGGCCCUCCGCGGAGGCGGAGGGCGCGGGCGAGAAGACGACCGGCGCGUCGGACGCCGCGGUCGCGCCGCGCCGCGCGCGCGUCCACGCGGCGGCGGCGCACCGCCCGCGCGCGCUCACGGUGGACGAGCUCAAGGCGGCGCUCGCGGCGGGCGCGCGCGCGACGCGUCGACCCCUCGAGCUGUGGGCUGGGAUCGUCGACUGGACGACGCCGGGGCGACGCGAGCGCGUCGUCGCGGCGCGGCGACUGCGCGAGUGGCGGUUCGCGGCGAACAGCACGAAGCUGAAGCGGCGGCUGAAGAUGAACAAGCACAAGCAUCGGAAGCGGCGGAAGCGGGAUAGGUUGAAGAACAAGUGAUGAGAUUGGAGGAGAGAGAGAGCGGUAGCCCGCGUUGUUGCGAUGAGAGAGACUUCUCUUCC